UCUGAUCAUGAACAAUCAGAUAUCGAAGAUUGUUAUGAAACAUCCGACGACUAUGAAACGACGGAUGAUGAGCGUUCAAGUAAUAGAUUAGUUGUUUCUGAAGAACAUGCAUUAAAGAAAAAACGGAACCGUGGGAUGAAUUCAAAGACUAUUUUAGAAAAGCAAACAGAGUUGGCUAAUCAUCCGGAUGUACUCGAAAUUUUGGGUCCAUUAUGCGGAUUUCAAGAUUUGAGAGUGUUUUUUCCAGCUUCUAAUUCUCAAGACAAGCCAUUAUAUAAAAGAUACCCAUGUUCCGGCUUAUGUAAAGAAAAACAUCUCAAAUAUAUUGAACGAGUUGGCGGUUUUAUAACAUUUGGUGGUGCUCCACCUGCCAAACAAGUGGCCCAAGAACUUUUUCCGCAGAAGUUUACAAAUGAGACAAAAUUUUCUUAUUCUAAACUUACUUCUAAUCAAUCCAAAAGACUUAAUAAUGAACUAUUAGCAAGGUCUAAAUGGAAAAUAGAUCAGGAAUGUUUAUGUAUUUGUAGUUCAGUAUGUGAAAUCUAUACUGAUCAAAUUGGACGAAUAUGUGCGAAAUGUAUUUUACUUACAAAAGAUCAAGUUUUCAAG